AUGUUAGCUUUUCUCGCCUUUAAACUUUGGCUUGUCCAUUGUCUUUAUGAUGUGACCAGCUGGUGUGUCACCCCACCGUGGCCAGUGAAACACUAUUCCUGGUGGAGACGUGACGUUAAUUUUCCUAACACAGAAUUCCAGUCUUUCUUGUCCAGGUGGACGGUGCGACUUUCAUCGGAAUGCAAUCAGAUUUGUUCAUCUACAUCACAAUGCCAGUUUGCCACGUUCAACAACUUCACAAGAGAAUGCAAGACGUAUGCAGCCCUUGAUGGACCUGUACAUGUGACAAACACGUCGUUAUGGAAAGCCUACCUGCAGAUUGAUGCAUGGCCGUAUGCACACUUCGGACAUAUCAGGUUGAGCUUCAAACAGGGCAACAAGUUUUGUACAGAUUUCGGGGGACACUUGGCUUUGCCUGACACAGAUGCGGAGAUGCAAAAAAUCAAGCAGAUUCUCGGACAGAAACAAGGUGUAUCAGACUGCUGGAUUGGUGGAAUGAAAUCCGAGAACGGAUGGGAAAUGGCUUGAUGGACGACCAAUUAACAUCCAUAGCAAAUUAUGGGCUCCAGGCCAACCUGAUAGCCGCGGCGGAGUAUGUGUACAGCUCUGGAAGAAACACAACUACAUGUUUGAUGAUGAUAAGUGUUCAGACAAGAAGCAAGUUAUUUGUGAAUUUAAGUAGUCAUCAGGCUGUGAGUGACUUCUAUCAAACAGUUUAUUGUAGAGAUUACCACUACUAUGACUUUACAUCUUACAUCUUUACAUCUGAGAGCAAACCUUUCAGGAGGUCUGUUUCUGUUUUACUAGGUUACUAAUUGAGGCUUUUACUAUGAAACCAUUCUGAAAAAUUGUAUGUCCACAUACUACCGUAUGCUUUGGUGCCGUGAUCAGGAUGAUUCCUUAAAAUAAGCUCGGCAGAACAGAACAGACGGGGGGACGCAUUUUGUUGAAUUGAGUUUCUCGAUGAUGCGGAUGGGGCAUAACGAUCAACCUAGUUGAGAUUAGGUAUAUUGGGUUAUGUAGAUUUGAUUAUUUGUUAUAUUGUUUAUUGGUGUUUUUUCACACUUGAUUCUAUCAGACGUAAUUAACUCGUUAUGUCAAAGAAUGGUUCCUCCUAUGCACUGUUUAUGAUAUUGGUAUAUACCCAAGUUGCAAUGAAGGUAAAUUUAUUAUUGUGGGCCUGCCUAAUUAUAAAUCAGUCUAUAUAGUAUGGCCAAUCGCGGAUAUUUUUUCAAUUCCAAAUCAGUAACAAAUCGGUGGGAAUAGGAGGCUUACUUUCAGGUCAUCUGACCCAACCAGUAAGAAUGACCUAGAGCCAUAGUGCUUCGUCCGUCGCCGUGCGCUUUGCGCUUACUUUUCGAAUUUCAUACUUCUAAAGUUUCAAUGAGUGGGCUUCAGCUCCAUGUUAUUUUUCUUGAACAACGAUUUUUUGCACCUUCUCAAGUUCUACCCGACCAGUAUGAUUCGCUUGAAUUAAUCUUGUGAUGGUCCUUAUUUGAUACAUCGGUCCGAAAUCCAAAAUCACCAUCAUGACCGCAAACUAGAAAAACCAACAACACACUUUUAACUACUCCAGUUCCACUGGUGCCACUUAGCUGAAACUAGGUGCGGAUGAUAAGGAAAUGAAACCGACGUAAAUUUUCGGGCUAAAAAACUGUCGACAAGGCUGCCGUGGUGGUCAUUUUGUAAUAUUAUUGCGCAAUCAUUGUUUUCGUGAGCAAGACAUAUUUUUAAAUUCCUCUCGUGGUCCUCCAGUGGGAUUCAACUUAAACUUGAGAUGAUCUUGUAAUUGGAUUAUAUUCAGUACGUAGAGGAGACUUCCAAUGGACUGACAAUUCUAAUAAAAAAUGUAGCUUUAUUAUGUAUCGCUGCUAGAAUGAUCGUAUAUCGAUUGAUGAUUUUUAGCUCACCUGGUCCGAAGGAUAAUGAUAAGCUUAUGACAUACCGUGCCGUCCGACCUCCGUCCGUCAACAAUUUAACAAAAACAUUUUUUCUCCUUAAUCACAAACUGGAAUUAUAUGUAAUAUGACUGGAAGUUUCUGAUAUAUAUAAACAGACUUCUCCUUACAAUCCCGGUAUAAUUAUCCCUAUUUUGUCCUACCCAAUUAACCAAACUAGGUUACUAUCAAAAAGACCGUGACUACAUGGGGUGUUAUCUGAAUGAUUAAAUAUUUUUCAGCAAUAGGAAGAUGUUGUUUUAGGAACCAAUAUGGAGUCAGUUACACAGUGAAACACGAAUAAGUCGAUGUCGACGGAACCAAGUAAGAUAUUCGACUUAUUCGGUUGUUUGAAUUAACUUUGUUCGUAUGUACGGAAAUAUACGAUGAUAUUGAUGACCAAAUAUUUACAUUCUGUGUUGCAUUUGUCUAUAUGUCGUUAGUAUACCAAAUUGUAUUCAUGAGACUGUAUGAUACAAUUUACAGUGAUUCAGUCAGUGUAGGAAUACAGCUCCAAGUGUUGUAGGUUAAACAAUGGCCGCCAGUUACUUUCGGCCUAGAGAGCUUUGGAAUGCUAGCAUGUUUUUACAGAAGCCACAACGAAAAUAAAGCAACAUCACAAGUUA